AUGUUGCAGCCAGGGGGGGCAUUUUCAAAUGGAUGGGCUAUAGAUACAACAGCGCCUGUUGACGUGAACAACUCGAAUGAUAACUACCACCCUGUCUUCAAGGCGUUCCUUGCGGGAUCGUUCUCGGGUACUUUCAGUACGAUACUCUUUCAACCGUUGGACCUGGUUAAGACGAGAUUGCAAAAUCCAAAUCAACAUGUUGUUGCAGCGACUGUCAACAGCCGAAUUCAGCCCGGGAUGAUAACAAUCUUCGCGAACAUCGUCCGACAAGAACACAUCGCCGGACUAUGGCGUGGAAUGGUGCCGUCUAUAGCUCGCUGCGUACCCGGAGUGGGCCUUUACUUCUCGUCGCUUCACUGGCUGAAGUCCAAACUUGGGAAGGAAAACCUCGGACCCAUGGAGGCGGUGUGUCUCGGAGUUUUAGCCAGAUCUAUGAGCGGAGUCGCCUUGAUUCCUAUUACAGUUAUAAAGACUAGGUACGAAUCUGGAGUAUAUAAAUAUAACAGUUUGAGUGGUGCUCUAAAGACUAUAUACAAAGCUGAGGGCAUAAAAGGCCUGGUCUGCGGUUUGGGACCAACAUUGGCCCGAGACGCUCCAUUCUCCGGCUUGUACCUGAUGUUCUACACGCAAACCAAGCAGGCAUUACCUAAGGAAUGGCUAAACACCCCAAGCACAGCGAGCGUAUUACAUUUCUCGUGUGGCGUAGUGGCCGGUAUUGCCGCAUCUUUGGCGACCAACCCGGCCGACGUCCUGAAGACGAAGAUGCAGCUUUACCCUGACAAGUUCCCGAACGCGUUUAGUGCAGCCGUCUACAUUCACCGGACUUAUGGCGUACAAGGUUACUUCAAAGGCGCCGUUCCAAGAAUGUUACGCAGGACCUUAAUGGCAGCAGUGGCUUGGACAGUGUUUGAAGAAAUAACUCGAUCUAUUGGCUUAAAAUGA